ACACUAGCACACACCAAGGAAAUUGAAUCUUUAAAGAAAGGAAGCAAGAAUAAGAUUUUUUUCAAUUUGUGUUUAAAAAUUCCUAAUGCUGAAAAACAAAAUGAUAAUGCACAUCGUGAACUAAUAAGAAGUUAUUACUUCUUUGGGGAGGAAUUAGAAAAACGUCUUACCCAGUAUAAAGAUCUUCCAGAGCAUGUGGUCCACAGAAAGAUUAAUAAUGAAGUUAGAGAUCAACUCCCAAAGGAGAUUCCAAACCCACAAUUUGAAAGAAAAUGGAAAGAGCUUGAAAAAUUUAUGACCUUUUUUUCUUUAAGUUUGGACAAUAUCAAAUAUGUAGCAUCUCAGGUUAGAAAGGAUACUGGAACUUGA